CGGGCUGGCACUGCAGAUUAUACCGACUUUCAAAACAGAACCCAUUCCUCUUCGCAUUCACAACACCAACAAAAGAAAAAAAAAUCAACCACAAUGCCCCGCGAAUACCAACCCCACCCGCGCCCCAACAAACGCAAACACAGCGGCGACAACGCAGACGACCACCUCGACGAACCCAGCCACCACAGCGGCCACCAUCACCAUCCCCACUCCCACUCCCGCAAAAAAGUCCUCCUCAAGAAAAACCCCGACUUCACCUCCGUGAACGACCUCAAGAAACGCAUCCGCGCCGCCAAGCGCCUCCUCGCCAAGCCCGACCUCCCCGCCGAUGUGCGGGUCACCCAGGAGCGCGCCCUGCUGGGCUACGAGCGCGAUCUCGAGGAAGAGACCAAGAGCCGGGAACGGUCGAAGCUGAUCAAGAAGUAUCAUUUUGUGCGGUUUUUGGAACGCAAGACCGCUACCAAGGAAAUCGCCCGGCUCACCCGGAAGGAGAAGGAGAUUACCGAGAAUACGGCUGGGGUUGAUGCCGCGGCGAGGGAGAAGAAGCUCGCGUCCGUGGCGAGGAGGCUGCACGUUGCGCGCGUGAAUUUGAACUAUACGAUCUAUUAUCCGCUUACGGAGAAGUACAUUGCUCUGUAUGCGGAUGUGAAGAAGAAGAAUAAGAAGGCGGAGGAUGGGCAGGUUGUUGAGGAGAAAGAGCAAGAAGAGGAGGAGGAGGAUGCGGCGGGAGCAGCGGAGAGGUCGUCCGCUAUGUGGAAGACGGUGGAGCAGUGCAUGAAGGACGGCACCCUGGAUCUUCUCCGGGACGGCAAGCUGAACAGCAACCAAGACAAACGAUCCAAGGUGGCAGACGCCGGCGCGGCGGAUGAGUCGAAGAAGAACAAGAAGAUCGCGCGCGAGCACCCCGAUUCGCACAAGUCGAGCGCAAGGGCCAAGGGCGAGGAUCGGAAACACAAGAAGAAGUCAGCCGCCAAGCAGGAUGACUACGAGAUGCCGGAUGCCGGCAAUAAUGAUGGUGGCGAUGAGAGUGACGGCGGAUUCUUUGAGAUGUGAUCGAGUGGCUUCUGGUUGUCAGCGUGAUGAUGCAUUUGCAGGAGUUGGUCUCUUUUCCCCCUCUCUUUAUUCUUUCUUGGGCUACUUCUUUAUCUCAUACUUGACGAACUAUUUCAUAACCCGUCAACAUACG